GGUGUGAUUGUGAUUGUGUUUCCCUUGUUCCCAGGGCACUUCCGGGGCCCGGACCAGCAGAUCGUUCUCAACACCAAACACGGAGUGGAGGCCAAGAACUAUGAAGACGUCGCGAAGGCGGAGAAGCUGAAACCUCUGGAGGUGGAGCUACGGCGGCUGGAGGACCUGUCUGAGGCGAUCGUCAACGACUUUGCCUACAUGAAGCAGCGGGAAGAAGAGAUGAGGGACACCAACGAAUCGACAAGUGCCCGUGUCCUGUACUUCAGCAUCUUCUCCAUGUGCUGUCUGGUCGGCCUGGCCACUUGGCAGGUCUUCUAUCUCCGUCGCUUCUUUAAAGCCAAGAAGCUAAUUGAAUAACGGUGAUCAGAGCUGUGUGUGUGAGUGCGUGCGUGUUCAGCAAUGUAUGUCUGACUUGGGGGGCAGAGAUGAAUGAUAACGUACCAUUGUUUCUUCGUAUUAAAUGCAGUGCUUUAAGUAUUUGA